AUGGACGUUCGGGUGGUAGUCAGGAAGUACCAUGGGUGCGACAACGUCAAUGAACUGAGGCCGAUUUCGACGCACCAUCCGGAAGGCCAAAACCAUUUCUUCCAGUACUCCAAAUGCAGCGGGAGAAGGAGGGCUGUUUGCAUUGGAGUCAACUAUCUCGGCCAAGACCACCCGCUGCGUGGGUGCAUCAACGACGCGCGGAACGUUCGCCGCUUUCUCUUGAAUCGAAGGUUCGCAAACGAGGACAUUUUCAUGCUCACAGACGACGCUACAGAUCCCCGAGCGAUACCGACGCGAGUGAACAUCCUCGAUGCCAUGCAUUGGCUCGUCACGGGGGCGCAUCCGCACGAUUCGCUCUUCUUCCACUACUCGGGGCACGGAUCUCAGGUGCCAAGUAAAACCGGCGACGAAGUGGAUAGCAUGGAUGAAAUCAUAUUUCCGGUGGACUACCAGAAGGCUGGGUACAUACUCGACGACCUUAUUCACAAGGUUUUGGUCGCGUCACUCCCAGUCGGAUGCCGUUUGACGGCGAUCUUCGACUCAUGCCAUUCCGGCUCUGUCAUGGAUGUCCCGUACACCUACUCCCAAAGCGGUUAUACCAAAAAGGGCGGUGUGACGGCCGAGUGGUUCGACCGCAACUCCUCUCCCGCCGAUGUGAUCUGCUGGAGUGGAUGCAGCGACACCCAAACCAGUGCUGACACGUUCGAAGACGGCUCUGCGGUGGGCGCAAUGAGCUGGGCUUUCAUGUCGUCGCUGCGCGACAAACCCGACCAGAGCUAUCAAGAAUUGUUGGCGUCCAUUCGAACCCUCCUGAAGGACAGGUACAGCCAAAUACCGCAGCUUUCAAGCUCACAUGAGAUUGACACGAACCUCAAAUUCAUUAUUUAA